AGGGAAGGUACUUAAAAAUGGAAAAAGACACGCUGGGCUCGCAGUACUUCUUCAUUCUUAGGCAACAGCGUAAUAAACUACAACUGAAUUUCGAGGAUUUACAAAUAAUGGAGUGAUUAGGUCUAACAACAUGACUUACCUAGGUGUUACUUUAUGUUUAGUUUGUAGCAUCGAUAACAUGACUUUGAUUCCGAACAGAUAAGUGCAACAUUUCAAAACAACUUUUGUCGUGAUUAUCACUAAUUCAUAUAGACAGAAACUGAGUGAAUUUAGCCUACAUCAUUAAUCACGUUAACCAAUUAAUCGUGAAACAAACAAGUUCUCUUUAGUAUCGAUAGGUCGAUAGCUUAGUGUAGGCUAAACCAAUAUAUUGCCAACACUUAUUGAGCAAGAGGACAGGACGGUACGUCGACUUCAGUAGCUUACUCCUUUGGAGUCAAACUUCAGGAAAAGCUGGACAUAACUUUGGCAAAAUGAGUACCGAAAAAAGCAAGGUGGAGGAUGAGGCUGUCCUGGACCGAGGGGCUGCUUUCGUCAAGCACAUCUGUGACGCGGAGGAGGUUGAAGGUCACCACACGGUGUACAUCGGCGUGCACGUGCCCAAGAGCUACCACCGCAGGCGACGUCACCGACGCAAGUCUGGCCACAAGGAGAAGAGGGAGAGGGUGGAGCUUAAUGUGGAGGGCGGAGACAAGUCGGACUGCGAGAAUGCAGAUGAGGCCUGCCCCAACAUUCUCAUGCCCCUCAUCUCCCCAGCUGCGGAGCGUAUCCGGUUCAUGCUGGGGGAGGAGGACGACGGGCCCGCCCCCCCCCAGCUCUUCACCGAGCUGGAUGAGCUCCUGGCCGUGGAUGGACAGGAGAUGGAGUGGAAGGAGACUGCAAGGUGGAUCAAGUUUGAGGAGAAAGUGGAAGAAGGCGGAGAGCGUUGGAGCAAGCCCCACGUGGCCACCCUGUCCUUACACAGCCUGUUUGAACUGAAGAAGUGCAUCGAGAAGGGCACCAUCAUGCUGGACCUUGAGGCUUCCACCCUCCCGCAGGUGGUCGAGCUGAUAACCGACAACCAGAUAGAGAGCGGGCAGCUGAAGGCCGACCUGAAGGAGAAGGUGAUGUUCACGCUGCUAAGGAAGCACCGCCACCAGACCAAGAAGUCCAACCUGCGCUCCCUCGCCGACAUCGGCAAGACCGUGUCCAGCGCAAGUAGGCUGUUUUCCAACCAGGAGAACGCACGCAGCCCUUUAGACCACCCCGUGCCUUUUUUAACCCCUCGAGACUCCGAGGAACCAUUAGACGAAGUCGCCCGGAGCUCAAGCAUGGGAUACCUCUGUAGCCCCACCACAGCCCACAGGAACCUUACCUCCAACAGUCUGAGCGAUUUCUCCGACAAGCCAGAGAAGGACCAGCUGAAGAAUAAGUUCAUGAAGAAGCUCCCUCGCGACGCCGAGGCGUCCAAUGUCCUGGUCGGUGAGGUGGACUUCCUGGACUCGCCCUUUGUGGCGUUUGUGCGGUUGCAGCAUGCGGUGAUGCUGGGGGCUCUGACCGAGGUGCCCGUACCCACCAGGUUCCUCUUCGUCCUGCUGGGUCCUAAAGGCAAAGCCAAGUCCUACCAUGAGAUAGGAAGAGCCAUCGCCACACUGAUGUCAGACGAGGUGUUCCAUGACAUCGCCUACAAGGCUAAAGACAGACAGGACCUGCUGGCGGGCAUUGAGGAGUUCCUGGAUGAGGUCAUCGUCCUGCCCCCAGGGGAGUGGGAUCCCGACAUCAGGAUAGAGCCCCCCAAGUCCCUGCCCUCCUCAGACAAGAGGAAGAACAUGUAUGCCGGAGGUGAGGGGUUACAGAUGAACGGGGACACGCCACAUGACGGUGGUCAGGGCGGAGGCGGAGGGCACGGCGUUGGAGACGAGCUCAAAAACACUGGAAAGUUCUGUGGCGGCCUCAUUCUGGACAUCAAGCGGAAACUGCCCUUCUUCGCCAGCGAUUUCUACGACGGGUUGCACAUCCAGUCUCUGUCGGCCAUCUUGUUCAUCUACCUUGGGACCGUGACGAAUGCAAUCACCUUUGGAGGGUUAUUGGGAGACGCUACAGAUAACAUGCAGGGGGUGUUGGAGAGCUUUCUAGGCACAGCAGUGACGGGGGUUAUCUUCUGUUUGCUGGCUGGCCAGCCCCUCACCAUUCUCAGCAGCACUGGCCCAGUUCUUGUCUUCGAAAGGCUCCUGUUUAACUUCAGCAAGGACAACGCCAUCGACUACCUGGAGUUCCGCCUGUGGAUUGGCCUGUGGUCGGCGUUCCUCUGCCUGGUGCUGGUGGCCACGGACGCCAGCUUCCUGGUCCAGUACUUCACGCGCUUCACCGAGGAGGGCUUCUCGGCCCUGAUCAGCUUCAUCUUCAUCUACGACGCCUUCAAGAAGAUGCUGAAGCUGGCCCACCACAACCCCAUCGACUCCCACUACGACCCCGACCUCGUCACGCAGUACAGCUGCGUCUGCAUGCCCCCCGCGGACGGUAACAUGACGGGUCUCUACAACGAAGAGUCUCCCUGGGCCAACGGCACGGGGCUCUACGAUGGAGAGGCACCCUGGGCCAACAACACCGACCUGACGGUGAACACGACCUGGGCUUCCCUCACCAGGACGCAGUGUGGCACGUACGGCGGGCAGCUGGUGGGCUCGGCUUGUGGCUACGUGCCCGACAUCACGCUCAUGUCCUUCGUCCUGUUCCUGGGCACGUACACGUGCUCCAUGUGUCUGAAGCAGUUCAAGUUCAGCCGCUUCUUCCCCACCACCGUGAGGAAGCUUAUCAGUGAUUUUGCCAUCAUCCUGGCCAUUCUCAUCUUCUGCGGUGUGGACGCCUUGGUCGGUGUGGACACGCCCAAGCUCAUAGUGCCAAGUGAAUUCAAGCCCACCAGUCCACACCGCGGCUGGUUUGUGCCCCCGUUCGGAGGCAACCCCUGGUGGGUGUGCCUCGCCGCGCUGCUCCCAGCGCUGCUGGUCACCAUCCUCGUGUUCAUGGACCAGCAGAUCACGGCCGUCAUCGUCAACAGGAAGGAGCACAAGCUCAAGAAAGGAGCAGGCUACCACUUGGACCUGUUCUGGGUGGCCGUGCUGUUGAUCGUGUGUUCCUUCAUGGGCCUGCCGUGGUACGUGGCGGCGACGGUCAUCUCCAUCGCCCACAUCGACUCUCUGAAGAUGGAGACGCAGACCUCGGCCCCCGGGGAGCAGCCCAAGUUCCUGGGCGUCAGGGAGCAAAGGGUCACCGGUAUCUUUGUUUUCAUUCUCACCGGCCUCUCUGUCUUCAUGGCUCCAAUCCUCAAGUUCAUCCCCAUGCCUGUGCUGUAUGGCGUAUUCCUCUACAUGGGAGUAGCAUCUCUCAAUGGCGUCCAGUUCAUGGACCGCCUGCAGUUGCUCCUGAUGCCUGCCAAGCACCAGCCUGACCUGAUCUACCUCCGCCACGUUCCCCAGCGGAGGAUCCACCUGUUCACCUUCAUCCAGGCGCUCUGCCUGGCCCUGCUCUGGAUCCUCAAGUCCACGGUGGCCGCCAUCAUCUUCCCUGUCAUGAUUUUAGCCUUGGUGGCUGUGAGGAAGGCCAUGGACUAUCUCUUCUCCCAGCACGAUCUCAGCUACCUGGAUGAUGUCAUCCCCGAGAAAGACAAGAAGAAGAAAGAGGACGAGAAGAAGAAGAAGAAGAAGAAAGGCAGCAUCGACAGCGAAAUCGAUUUUGAGGUAAACCCUCAUCUUUCCUUGACCCACACUCGCAGUGCUGAGCGUUACUUCGAGACCCCGACUGUCGCGAGUCUGGACAAAAAACCCUUCAAGAUAUCGGUGCCUCAGAUUAGAAUAGAUCUGGAGCCAGAAGAAAAUGGGUUCUGGAAGACUCCGAGCUCAGAAACGUCAUUUUAAAGUCAAUUCAUAAAAUGAUUUCCCCUAUGAAUGAGAGGAAAGGAGGGAAGAGACAAAGAGGGAGAUUUUUUUGGGCAGUUCUUAAUUUGUUGAUACACCAAACAAUGUCACCCUCCACCCACUCAGGUGGGUGUUAUGAAUGAUUCAUAAAGCUUUCAUAUGCUAAUUGUGAACUUUAUACAUUCAUAAUCUACAGUGUCCCCAUAUGGCCAUAUUAUAUGUAUUAUAGAGUAAUACUUUAUAAAGAUAAAGAGCUGUGAAUGUUCAUAGGGGACUGUUUUCCAGCCCUGCCCACACUGAAACACAUUUAGGUCAUAUUCAUUUGUAUGUGUCUCUGUCAAACACAUCAUUCAUUCUUAUUUUAUUCCAUACCCUCGUCACAGAUGCAUUUUAAUAUUUGUGAAGAAUAUGCAAGAUGUUGAGCUAUUGUACCUAAAUUAUGAUUUGAUUUGAUUCUAUUUCCUACUGUGUGUGAAUCUUAAAGGCAACCUCUUUUCUAAUGUUUUUUUUUUAUCAUUCCCACAAGUUGAAUGAAACCUCCACCUACACUUUCUUGAAGUAGGGAUAAACAGAUGAAACUGUGUUUGUAGGUCUACCUCUUUAUAUGUAGGUGCCAGGCAUUAGGAGUAUGAUGAAGGCAUGCUAUGCAGUUACUUGUGAUCACUAAUGCUGAUUUAAUUAUUGAAAGGGCACAGCAUAGGAUCUCAAGCUCUAUCACUCUCUUAUGUUGCUUCUGCUCUGUCACAAUUUCAUCAGAUUUUUUUUAAUCUGUAUUUUGAAGUGGAAAAUGCAAUAAGGUUAACGUAAGAGAUUUCGGUGUAAAAAUAUGUAUUUACUUAAGCUGUCUACUUCAGUAAACACAUUUUUAUCAUAUUUUUUUUAAUGAAGUGAUGAUUUAGUAGAACUGUUGUUUUUUUAAGUGAUAUAAAUCAAUGAAUAAUCACUGUGAGUUAAUGCAAUGUUGAUAUGUACUCUUGUGUCUUGCAUUCCUGCAAGAAAGACUGGUCUGUCGUCUGUACUCUAUGCAAAGGGCUAGGAUGAUUAAAAACAGAAGAUACAUGUACUUUAAACACUGCCAUUUUACAGAUAUACUGUAUUUGUAUUUUUCUUUCAAUUGUAGCGAUAAAGAUGUAUUUUUGUUGGUUUAACGAUAAAGACAAACCUGUCAUCAGCACUGUUAAAAGAAAUUGACCAGUUGCAAUACUUAAAAAGGCUCGAGAUUAUUCAAAAUGUAUAUUUGGCUUAUAUGGUUUCAAAAGGAUCAAAAUUGUAAUAUAGCCAAAGAUAUCAUUCAUCUUAAUUAUAUAAGAGAUUACUCUACACAGGAGGCAAAAUAUGUACAUAUGUCCAAAUGUGGUUAAAAACUGUAUAUCUUUGUUCUCUGUAAGACAUUAAUACAGGGGCACAUUGAAAUUCAAAACUCUAAUGCAAUGUCAGGAAUAUGGUAUGAGCUGCAGUUUUUAGGUAAUUCCACAUAAAAAUUGUAGAAGUUGGAAGUUGGGAGUGGUGUGGAAGAUUGUGAGUAUGUAAAAGAGCACCCUUUUAGUUUGGCUGUUAAAAUGCAGCUGGCUUACACAGUAUUUGCAGGCCUAUUCUGGAGAAGUGUUCCACUUUGUUCCUGUUUUGGGACAUAAUGUUUCAUGUAUGUAUAUCUUGACUGUACUGGUUUUGUUAAUCAGAUUCAUUUAAUUCUCUUUGACUUUUACAGAAUGUGAUGCACCUGUAAAACAAAUAUAAACAAACUUGGUAAAUAUUCAACAAGCAUAUGUCAGAUGUGCAGGUGUCCAUAGAUCUUUUUUCUUGGUGGAGUAGCAGUCUUUGCAGUGAUACAAAAUUCUUAGCACUCCUAGACUUCUAGAAUGCUCCAUUAGUUUCAUAUAUUCUCUGAAAAUUAUACGACACACAAAUGAUUUUUUAUUUCCAAUUAAGUAUACUGUAAACUAUGAAUUACAAUAAACAUAUUUGAAAAG